UGGAUCAUUUGCGGUCAAACGCAUAUUUAUACAAUGUUAUAAAAUCGAUCAAGAUUGUAUGCUUUGGUCCGGUAAGUAAUUUUUUGCUUUAACCAUUUUUUUAAUUGCGGGUUGCUUUCAAAAUUCUUACAGUAGUGAAUAAACACCAGGAAUCAAUUAUUGAAUUAGCAGUACAACAACGUAUACCUCUGAUCAUUAUGAAGUUAUUCCGUUCUUUUAUUGAUUUACCACCGACAUAUUACAGUAAAAACAAUAGCGAAAGUAUAUCAGAAGAAGACAAUCUACAUGAUGGGCAGAGUAUUGAAGAUGUUGGGAAAAUAAUGAUCAGCAUAUUGAAGCAGUUCGUUCAGAACCCAACAUUUUUACAACGAUUGUUGCAUGAAGAUACAUUUUUCAUGCUGAUCCGUAUAUUAACUUCAAAGCCAGCAAAUAAUGACAGCGUUGCAAAAGACAGUGAGCCCAUGUACAUCCGAUGGAAAGAGCGUCUCAUAGCUGUAUUAGAGUCGAUGACGUUCAGUGAGGAUGUAUGUCAAUACCUGUACCAUAGGCGCUGUGUUAAUUUACUUACAACUCAAUGGGCAGAAACUAUUUCUAGCAAAAACAAGUUGACUAUUGCGGAUCAUCAUGAAAUACUAAUAGGCUUAAGGCUACUUACCUGCUUGUUCCGUCAGUCAUCCAAAGCACGGUCUUACAUAUUAUUCGAUCAGAUGAUUCAAAGUUCAGGAUAUGUAGUAAUUCGGGAUAUGGUAUAUAAAGGGCCUUACGAGGGUAAAGUGCUUGAUUUGAAGACAUCGUCCAUAAACUAGCAGAUUUGACUCUUCUCGGCAAGAUAAAUUCAAUAUCAAUGGUCUCUGAUGGACUUCCUUAUCAACAUGCAGGUAAUUAAUAACCAAAUGCAAACAAUAAUGCAUUGACUUCUAAUCCUGAGCUUGAGAUAUCAGAUUUCAAAAUACCACCAGUGACGGGUGAUAUAGAUAAAAUCGUGAAAAAUAUAGAAGCAUUCAAAUGCUUGUCAUCAUUAUUAUUGUUUGCUGAUCAUAGCGCUUCGAAUAUCACAAGUUGUUCUAAAUACUACACAAAGCAACAAUUGCCCGCCUCUCUACGC